UCUCGUGUGGGUGUGACGUCAUCGUGGGUAUAUAACGUAAGGCACAGGUGGAUUUCGUCAGAUCCUCUACUGCGCUAACGCCAAACGGUUAGACGCGACUGGGCUCAGGAGCUUUAUUUAAGCCUCUUCGUUUUACUACCAAAAACUAUUCAAAAUGCGUGAGUGCAUCUCCAUCCACGUCGGCCAGGCUGGUUGCCAGAUGGGCAAUGCCUGCUGGGAGCUUUACUGUCUCGAACACGGUAUUGCCCCCGAUGGUUCUAUGCCAUCAGAUAAAGCUCUCGGAGGAGGCGACGACUCUUUCAACACAUUCUUCAGUGAGACCGGUGCCGGUAAACACGUCCCAAGAGCUGUCUUCGUCGAUCUUGAACCCUCUGUAGUUGAUGAGGUUCGUACCGGUACCUACCGCCAGCUUUUCCACCCCGAACAACUGAUCAGUGGAAAGGAAGAUGCCGCCAACAACUAUGCCCGUGGACACUACACCAUCGGAAAGGAAAUCGUCGACCUCGUCCUCGACCGCAUCAGGAAGCUGGCUGACAGCUGCACAGGCCUCCAGGGCUUCCUCGUCUUCCACUCCUUCGGCGGUGGCACUGGCUCAGGUUUCACCUCCCUGUUGAUGGAAAGGCUUUCCGUUGAUUACGGUAAGAAAAGCAAACUGGAAUUCGCCAUCUACCCCGCCCCUCAGGUUGCCACCGCCGUCGUCGAACCCUACAACUCCAUCCUCACCACCCACACCACCCUCGAGCACUCCGACUGCGCCUUCAUGGUCGACAACGAAGCCAUCUACGACAUCUGCCGCAGAAACCUUGACAUCGAGAGACCCACCUAUGCUAACCUCAACCGUCUCAUUGGUCAAAUCGUCUCCUCUAUCACUGCCUCCCUGAGGUUCGACGGUGCCCUCAACGUUGACUUGACCGAAUUCCAGACUAACUUGGUGCCCUACCCAAGAAUCCACUUCCCCCUCGUCACCUACGCCCCCGUCAUCUCCGCCGAAAAGGCCUACCACGAGCAGCUCUCCGUCGGCGAGAUCACUAAUGCUUGCUUCGAACCCGCCAACCAGAUGGUAAAAUGCGACCCCCGCCACGGCAAGUACAUGGCCUGCUGCCUGUUGUACCGAGGUGACGUCGUCCCCAAGGACGUGAACGCCGCCAUCGCUUCCAUCAAGACUAAGAGGUCCAUCCAGUUCGUCGACUGGUGUCCCACUGGUUUCAAGGUAGGCAUCAACUACCAGCCUCCCACCGUGGUGCCCAACGGAGACUUGGCCAAGGUGUCUCGCGCCGUCUGCAUGUUAUCCAACACCACUGCCAUCGCCGAGGCCUGGGCACGCCUUGACCAUAAGUUUGACCUCAUGUAUGCCAAACGCGCUUUCGUCCACUGGUACGUAGGCGAGGGUAUGGAGGAAGGUGAAUUCUCCGAAGCCCGUGAGGAUCUGGCAGCCCUCGAGAAGGAUUACGAAGAGGUCGGUCUCGACACUGUUGGCGAGGAUGAGGAACAGGGCGAGGAUUAUUAAAUCCCUCACCAAAUCAAAGGCGAAAACAACCUUCUGGCGGAACUAACAUCUCCGCAAAGUCAUUGGUUAUGAAGCUUUACUGUUAUCAUUAGGCCCACUAAAGUAUUCUAUUCGGAUUAUUUGCAACUAUUAAAUUAUUUUGGUAA